GCCAGCAGUAAAAAUGGCGGAGUCGGUACUAGAAGUUGUGGGGAAGCUGCAAUCGAGGCUCUCGGGCAGUUCGGAGCCCAAGAAGCUGCUGAAAAGUUUGAAGAGGCUUUCUGAGCUGCCCAUAACGGUUGAUAUCCUUCUGGAGACUGGAGUGGGGAAGACAGUGAAUGGUUUACGGAAACAUGAAUCGGUUGGAGACUUUGCCAAGGACCUGGUGGCAAGGUGGAAGAAGCUGGUGCCUGCCCCUCAAGAAACAGAUCGGAAUAACCUUGAAUCUGAAGAACGCAACUACGACCGAAGCAGCUCUAGGAAACGGCAGCGAGAGCCGUCCCCCAAAGAGGAUGAGGAGAUUGAGCAGGACUAUUCGGAAGCAUACCAGCCUUCCUGCAGCCAGUCAUAUGAGCCAACCUACGGGGCCAAGAAGCCCAAAAGGUACCCCAAACCGGAGAAACCCCAUCAGACUGUGAGCUACGGCACACCAGAGGGCAGGACGUGGGGCGGAGAGUCUCCCAUGCUCUCCUCUGAUCAAGAGUGCUCUGACUAUGGGCAUCCAAUCUCGCCCGCACUGAGCGAGAGCCCUCAGGAACUAUCCCCAGACCUCUGCACAGUGGAGGAGCAGGAGCAGACAGUCCUUCACCGGAAGGCUAACAAGGACAGGCAAGAGGGGGGUCAUGUUCGGACCUUCAGUGAAGCCCAGGACAAAGCCAGCUUGAGUUGGAGCAAAGAGCAUAAAUCUUCUCAUAAGGAAAAGCGACGGCCGGAGGCCAAGGGGGAGGAAAGGGUUCUUGCUUUUAGCCCGGAACGGCUGCAUAAGGGAUCUUCCAAAGAGCUGCUCAGAGAAGCUUCUUUGGCAGGCAGCAGCAAGGAGAAGCUGAAGGCCACAGACAGCAGCAAGCCAGAGAAGAAGAGAGAAGGCAGCAGCUCAAAGAAGGAGAAGCUGCCGCACCUUGACUUUGAGGAGACUUUGGGCAACCACGUCAAGAAGCAGAAGCUUGUAGAUUCUGAGCCAGCCAAACUUAAGAAAGCCAAGCAGGGUCUGGAGGUCUCGCACAGCGAUCGGGAGAAGCGAAAACCAGAGCGGGAUUCGUCUAUUAAGGGUAAAGAGAAAAUAGCUUCCAGCAGUUUAAAAACCUCGGAGGGCAAAUCCAAAGCCUCCGAUUUGAACAAAAAACAAGUCGGCUUCUCGUCUCCCGAUUCUGUGGACAGGGAAGCGGAGGACGAGUUUGAAAAGCCAACAAUGUCCUUUGAGAACUAUCUCAUGUAUGACCAACCUCAGCAGCACAAGAAGAAGAAGAAGGUGCCAGUGAAGCCCCCAGUGCCUGCCCCUGUCAAGGACCGAGGGCACGGCAAGCAGAAUGGGUCCAAGUCUAGCGCCAAGAGCUCUGACUCCAGCCGAAAAUCCCACAAGCCGGCAAAUGAGAAGAAGCAAUUGGAGUUGUCCAAACCAACAAAGAUCCCCAUUGAUGUUGUGCCAACGCUCCCUGACAUACCUUUGCCCCCAAUCCAGAGUUCCUACCGCCCUCUUCCUUCGCUGGAUUCGCUCCCUCUCAGCCAGCCAAAGAGGAAAGCAUUGUCCUCGCCCACAGAGGAGGAUGAAGCAGGCUUCACGGGACGCAGGCUGAAUUCCAAGAUGCAGGUCUAUUCGGGAUCCAAAACUGCUUACCUCCCAAAGAUGAUGUCUUUGUAUGAACAGUGCAUCCGAGUCCUCAGCAAUAACAUUGACUCAAUCUAUGAAGUGGGUGGCGUUCCUUUCACUGUUCUGGAACCCGUCCUGGAGCGAUGCACCCCGGACCAGUUGUACCGCAUCGAGGAGUGUAAUCAUUUUUUAACCGAGGACACCAAUGAGUUGUGGCAUAAUCACUGCAUCCGCGAUUUCAAGAAAGAGAAGCCAGAGGAGUUUGAGUCAUGGCGGGAGAUGUACCUCCGCCUGCACGAUGCCCGCGAGCAGCGGCUGCUCCUGCUGACCCAGAACAUCCGCUCCGCUCACGCCAAUAAACCUAAAGGCAGAGUAGCCAAGAUGGCGUUUGUCAAUUCUGCUGCAAAGCCACCCCGGGACGUGCGGAGAAGGCAGGAGAAGUUUGGCACUGGAGGAGCAGCUGUCCCAGAGAAGAUCAAGAUAAAGCCAGUGCUCUUCUCCCCUGCAAAAAGCAGCAUUCAAGUGGAGGAGGAACAGGUUUAUGAAGGGCCCAGCACUAGCAGCGGUCACUCGGGCCUCUCUGUGAGCAGUGCUUCCUCCGUUAGCUAUGACCCUCGGAAGCCCCCUGUGAAGAAAAUUGCACCCAUGAUGGCAAAGACUAUUAAAGCGUUCAAAAACAGAUUUUCUCGAAGAUAAAGCUGCUUGUGAGCAAGGGAGAAGAAGGGAGCUCUUCUCUUCGAUGGGAGCAUUGUUCGUGGGCAAACAGAGGGGGGCCCUAAAAGUACCCCCCAAACCCCAGUGUAAGACCAACAGCACAGUAUUGUUUGAGGCAGCCCUCCAACCCCACCCUCUGCUCCUGUAGCCUGGCGUCUGAAAAUGUGAAUUCUGAAUGCGUGUUGAAAUGAGAAGGUCAGCAUACCGUGGCCUGUCCUGUAAUCUCUCUUUCUACCUGUCCCUGCCUCAACAAAGGAACAGAAAGGAAUAUCUCCCUCCCCCCACCCCACCCCACCCCCCGGCAGCAUUUUUCUCAGGCCAGAUUUAAGGAUCUAGAGCUCUUCUGCCUCAGAUGCCGUUCUCAUGAAGAAAAGCCUUUGCUACAAAUCUGGCUUGCUCGUUUUCAGACUCCACCCCCACCCCACAGUCCAUAGAUCCUGCCAGAGGUUUUCCAGCUUUUUGUCAGGCCAUCUUCAGAGCAUCUCUUUCUUAAUCCUUGAAAUCUGAUCUUUCAAAAUGUUCCUUGCGUUGCUGAAACCCUCAUGCAGAGUGGGAGCAACUGGCUUUUUCUAGCUGCUGGGGAUGUCCCUCCAUUCCAUCUUCUGUUCAUUUGAAAAAAGAUUGGAGGGAACCCCCCCCCCCCAUCUUCCUUUUUAAACCUCAUAGGAAAAAAAAACCCAGCACAUAAUUUUGGGAGAGGAGCAAAAAAAAAAUGCACAAAUCUAAAUUUUAAGCGCUCAGCUGUGUUUUUAAAAUGGAUCACGACAUUUGGAAGCCAAAUUUGUUUUUAAAAUGAAUAGCGAAGGCCGUAGUGUUUAGGUUUGAUGGGGGGGGGGUGUCUGAGUGUGUGUGUGUGCGCAUGCGCACACAUUUUGUGUUUUAAAUGUUAAAAACAAGAUUUUAGAUUUGUUGUUUCUCUCCCUUCUCCUGGAUUUUGGUCAGAGGAUGUUUGUUUUUUAUGUAGCCACUUAAGUUUCACCAGAUUCCUUGCAAAGUACUUCAAGGGAGUCAUGAAAUCACUUUAGAAUUUUAGUUUUUAAUGCCCAGUGACUUGAUGGGAAAAGACACCACCCUCCCCAGUGAAACCUCUCUUACUAGGAGUCCUGCGCACCAGAUGUUGGAAAAAGUGGCAGGCCGUCUGUGUAGGAUUCUGUCUGGAGUAUCUGCAGCUGGGUUGGGUGCGUGGUACAAUUUUCAUCACUCGAGAGGCCAAGAGAAAGCUCACCGGGAGUUGUCUCUGUCUUGACCAUACGACCGAGAACUUGAGGAAAAUGUGUUGUUUGGAUACUGCUUUUUUAAAGUGCUGGAGUGGGACGCUGGGCUAUAAAAAUAUUAUUUAUCCUGAUGGUGAUGGGUGUAGAGAGAAGAUGCAAGACAUGUCUUGGGAAGCAUGAUAGUACGUUUCUUGGUGCCAAGGCUGAAGGAACUUUGAUUAGGAGGACUUAUGAAGGACAUCCUGAUUCAUAGGGAAGUGUGUGUGUGUGUGGGGGGGGGAAUUCUUCAAGUGACUUUCCAGUCUUGUAACAUCUGAUCUUGCAAGGAUGCUCCACAUCUCUACCAGGACAGAGUUGGCGUUAACAAAAGAGAAGACCCUGCUUAUUCUUUCCACUGUUAAUCCCUCAACAUUUGGGGCAGGAUGGGACCUUUUUUAAUUAUUUUUCUGUGACUCAUGUGCCAUGCAGGGUAGGAAAAGCCCUCUUGAUGUUUCUCUGUCCGAUGGAAUGUCCCUGCAGUCCUGACUCCUUUUUCUAUGAGUUUUUAAUUAUGAUGGUGUUUGAAAAUGGGUCUCUCGCAGGCUGCUCAGAGCUGAUUAAAGGCCCUAGAAAGCUUUAAUGACAUCGUGUAGCAUUUCAAAGUGUGUUGUGCUGUUUUAAAAAGAAAAGAAAUCGUGCUCCUUUCUGCUUUUGCUGUAUUUAAUUUUGCUGUAUUUAGUUAAUAAUAUAAUCUGCCUCCUGUUGUGCUUUUUAAUGUGUUCCCCCCCCCUCCUUUUUAUAAUUGGGAUUGGGAAGGAGAAACGGAAAGGUUCAGAAACCAAUGUCUUGGUCAGUGAGGAAAGAGCAUCUGGAUGCAUCCACAGUAUUCCCUGGGCAUGUUAAAUUUGGGUACCUAAUAUCUGACCCUGGUUAACACCGCCCGCCCCCUCCAGUUAAUCUCAGCCAGGCCUCUCGAACUUUUUCAGCCCCAGCCAAGGGAUUGCGGACCCAAAAUGGCAACUUGCGCUACCUGACUGAGGCCUUUUCUUCCUGGCUCUUGUAUUGUUAUUUUUCCACACAACAGUGGGGGUGUCAAAGGUUUUGUAGCUCCACCCCUUCACAAUGCAAGGACUGGAAGGACAGGCUGUUAAAUUUCCUUAAUUCAGUAGGCUGGACUUGUUCUAUCAGGUAUUGGGCUUGUCCCCCCAAUGUCUGAGUGUUGCUAGUGCCCUGUUGCUGGCCAAGGUCCAUCUUUGGCUAUUGCCCAGUGGAAUGUGUGGCCCUUCCCUCAGCUAUGUCAUUGAGUCUACUUCGCCAGUGAAAUUGGGUCUUCAUAUCUGAGAACUCAGCCACCUGUCAGUAUUUCAGACUAGUUUGGUAGUUGUUGUUUUUUUCCCUGAGGAAAGUUUGCGGUGCAGAUAAUGUGACUUCUGAAUCUUAUGAUGGAAUGCAUUUUGUUGAUAGCUGAAGCAGGCCAUUUGCGGAGGCAGGAGAAGGAGCAGUCAUGCUCCUUACAGGUUGGGAAGGUGAGAUAUUCCUCUCUCAAAGCCAGAUGCUAAAUGAAUUGGUUUUGAAAGAAUUUUGAACCUCCUUUUAACAGGCAGAUGGUGCCCAUGUGGGAUUUGAUGCAGAGUGAAACUACUCCACUUCCGAUUAUCCGUUGGGUGUCCAGAACAUUUUAAAAUGAGUACUGUUUUCACUGCUACACUACAAAAAACAGUCUUUUUUUUUCUUUUGGUGUACCCCAAGGAAAAGGUAACGCUGAAUUACGGUUGUAUUUUGGUCCCUGACUGUAAAUAACAAUUUUCUAUGUUACUUUUUUGUGGUAACUAUGGAGAUGAAUAUUUUAACUAGAUAAGUUAUAUGAAAGGAAGAACGCUGUGUCUCAAUAAAAGCCAAACACUGGA